CCCCAGGAGCUGGGAGCGGGUGACCGGCGGCGGGGAAGCGGCCUGGGUUGGCCCUCCGAUUACGGGGUCCUGGGGGCAUCUCGCCGGGUACCCCCUGGCCCGCCUGCAAGGCCUUCCCCGGCCAGAGCAAUGGCCGCCGAGAACAGCAAGCAGUUUUGGAAGAGGAGUGCCAAGCUGCCGGGGAGCAUCCAGCCUGUGUACGGAGCACAACACCCCCCUCUGGACCCUCGGCUCACCAAAAACUUCAUCAAAGAACGGUCAAAAGUCAACGCAGUUCCUUUGAAGAAUAAGAAGGCCUCCAGUUUCCAUGAGUUUGCCCGGAAUACCAGUGAUGCUUGGGACAUUGGCGAUGAUGAGGAAGAGGACUUUUCCUCCCCUUCUUUCCAAACUCUAAACUCAAAAGUUGCUCUGGCGACCGCAGCCCAAGUCCUAGAAAACCACAGCAAGCUGAGGGUGAAACCAGAACGCUCCCAGUCAACAACAUCCGAUGUUCCUGCCAGCUACAAGGUCAUAAAGUCCAGCAGUGACGCUCAGCUGUCCAGAAAUUCCAGUGACACAUGCCUGAGGAAUCCACUCCACAAACAGCAGUCACUCCCUCUCCGACCCAUCAUCCCCCUGGUUGCCCGCAUCUCGGACCAGAAUGCUUCCGGGGCGCCCCCGAUGACUGUCCGGGAGAAAACCCGCCUAGAAAAAUUCCGUCAGCUUCUCUCCAGCCACAACACUGACUUAGAUGAACUGAGGAAGUGUAGCUGGCCGGGGGUUCCCAGGGAGGUUCGACCCAUAACCUGGAGACUCCUGUCGGGCUAUCUCCCAGCAAACACCGAGAGGAGGAAGUUGACCCUGCAGCGGAAGCGGGAGGAAUAUUUUGGCUUCAUUGAGCAGUAUUAUGACUCUCGAAAUGAGGAACAUCACCAGGAUACCUACCGACAGAUUCACAUCGACAUUCCAAGGACAAAUCCUCUCAUUCCAUUGUUCCAGCAGCCGCUUGUACAGGAGAUCUUCGAAAGAAUUCUAUUUAUUUGGGCCAUCCGACACCCUGCCAGUGGGUACGUCCAGGGAAUUAAUGACCUGGUCACUCCGUUCUUUGUCGUCUUCCUCUCAGAAUAUGUGGAAGAGGACGUGGAGAACUUUGACGUGACCAAUUUGUCUCAGGACGUGCUUCGAAGCAUUGAAGCCGACAGCUUUUGGUGCAUGAGCAAGCUGUUAGAUGGGAUCCAGGAUAACUACACCUUUGCACAACCAGGGAUCCAGAAGAAGGUCAAGGCGCUGGAAGAGCUCGUCGGCCGGAUUGAUGAGCAGGUACAUAAUCACUUCAGGAGGUACGAGGUCGAAUACCUACAGUUUGCCUUUCGUUGGAUGAACAACCUGCUCAUGCGGGAGCUUCCCCUUCGCUGCACCAUCCGCCUGUGGGACACAUACCAGUCUGAACCGGAAGGGUUCUCCCACUUUCAUCUCUACGUGUGUGCAGCCUUCUUGAUCAAGUGGAGAAAAGAGAUCUUGGAUGAGGAGGACUUUCAGGGUCUCCUGAUGCUGCUACAAAACCUACCUACGAUCCAUUGGGGCAACGAAGAGAUUGGGCUACUGCUCGCCGAGGCGUACAGACUGAAGUACAUGUUUGCCGAUGCCCCCAAUCACUACCGCCGAUAGGUGCUGUCUCCCCAGGGGGGACCCAGACUGUCCCCAUCUCUGAUGGCAAUCUGAUCACUGUGGCCACUGUGCGAGCCGUGGACUCAGGCCAGGAACCACUCCUGCUGUAAAAAGCUCACAUCCGCCGCCCAGGUCUUAACUCUUUGGCGUGCCUGUCCACCACUCCAUGUCUCUGGAUAUGUUUCUUGGACCACUAUCAGUAUUCCAUGACAUGUGGAUGGGCCCAGCUCUGGGAGAGGACAGGAAAGGAGGUACAGGGUUGUCUGCCCCUUUAAAAGAAACUGGACAGAAGAAGGGGAAGGCUCAGGGUCUCAACUCACAUUGUCCCUACAUGGACGGACUGUCUCUUGCCUCCCGGCCCCAACUGAUGCCGUUGCUUUUUGUGACAUGGUUUCAUUUGAUCACAGGUCAAAAAACGCCUUAUGUUUUCAAAAGACUCCUGGCCCCUCCCCCUCCCCUCCCUCCCUGGUUCCUAGCCCUUCCCCCUCUGCCCUCGUGUGAGCCGGUGAGGGGCAGUUUUAGACUGUUGUUCUCAGAUAGAGGAGGCACUGAUGCUUAUAAGUCUGGGAAGAGGCCUACACCCAAGGGCUAGGAAUUUUAGUUUUCCUUUUCUCACCAGAUGUCUGUAUGUGUGCCUGCGUUCAUGUGUGUACGUGGGCAUCCACACCCAUCGGCAUUUAGUUACGUGUCCGAAUUCAUGUGUCCAGACCAGCCCUGUCACGACCCGCUGGGAAGGGCCCCUCGGUGACCAAGUAUAUAAGCAUCCCUUGAGAAGGAUCAGGGCAGGGGGAGGGAGAAGGGGCUUUUUACCUCUCCAAACCCUUUUUCCAUGAUGACCCACUCCAAGAUAUUAUGUGUAAAUUGUGUUAUUAUGUAUAUGGGUAAAGAUGUACAAAUAUACGUCCUCUUUGUAGCAGAUAUGAUUUUAUAUUUAUAAUGUGCAUCAACAUGUGAAAGCAAUCUAGGUCACUAGCACAGAUGACGUCGCCAGGCAGGUGGGCCCAGCGCCUCCAGGUCGGUUUCUGGGCCCCCCCUGUGAGGGAGCGGGUGGGCGUCUGCCAGAGCAAGUGGCGCUGAGCAGAUGGAGCUGCUGUGACAACCAGCGGUGGCCGUCCCAAGCGUCAGCGGCUGAGUUUUUCUGUCUCCCCCUCUCCCCACCCCUCCCCGGGUCUUUGUGGAGCGUCAGCCCCACUCCUUCCCCCUGUUGGGCAGACAGAGCCCCCCUGCCCCCCACCCCUCACCCCUAGCCACCUCCCAGAGAGCAUGUUUUCAGCCCUUCCCUUUCCCCAGGAUGCUGGGGGAGAGCUUUUGUUUUUCCGUUUUAAGUCAGCGUUGUAUUCAAGACAUAGCUGUGACUGACUCAUCAGUGCCAAGGAGAAAGGGGUUUCCUGUGUCUCCCUGGGGUUGAGGGCUCUUCUCCGAGAGAAGCAUCCAGCGUCCCCCACUGUCACCACCAUACCCCACACCGCUCAUGAGAUGCGUGAGGUGUGUUUGAUUUCUAGAGUUCCGUAGUGGAGAGGCGGGGGGGAUGGUGGCAAGGAGCCGUCGUCCUCUUGGGAAGCCGGUCAGUGUCCCCAGUGGGUGACGCCCUUGAGUCUCCGCCAGUGAAGCUCCACCACGCUGGCGUGUUACAUUUCUCAUCUGGAGCUGUUUCUCAGGCAUUCUUCCCAACCUUCUCCUGUUCCCCUUCAGUGUGCCUCAGUAGUCUCCUUCACAGAGCAAGAGGGCGGUGACCCUCCCUCAACCGGACUAAUUAAAGAAAGACACUUGUGUUCCCAAGUGGUGGUUUUAUUUUUUUAGUUUUUAUGUUUGUAUGGAAAUUGUGGAUAAAGUGAAAGAAUUGUAAAUAAAUAGUGUAUUUCCUCCUCCACUGCUGAUUUUUCUCCCAUGGAUUUGUGUAACCUGGAACCUAAGGCGUGCCCUUCGGUCAGGUUUUUCUUGCUGAUGCCAGUAAGGAUGGGGGACACAUUUUCCAUAGGGCAAGCCGGGGAUCGAC